GUCAAAGUGGUUUCAUCUGCAGUUACGACCCGUUCCAUUAUUUCUGCUUACAUAAAUGGACCAUCAAGGCAAGACUAAGACACUGAAGACUUCUUUUAUGCUUUUGAUUGUACAGUUCUGCCUUAGCAUUAUUUUAUUUUUAUUAUAUAACUCUGCAAAUCGCUCAGUGUCUAGCGAUGAAUUUUCAUAUACAAGUAUACAUCAAGACCUGGCUAAUGACACGAAGAUCAUCCUUGUUUGGACCUGGCCAUUUGGUGACACAUUUCCACUUAAUGAAUGUCCACCAUACACUGAUAUUUCUGGAUGCUUUUACACAGCUAACAGAACCUUGUAUUCUUCUGCAGAUGCAAUUGUUAUGCAUCACAGAGAUGUAUGUUAUUCCAGAAAACAGUUACCUCAGAUACCAAGACCACUAAAUCAGUAUUGGGUAUGGUUUAACUUGGAGUCUCCAUCACACAGCCCAAACUUGCAUUUUAUGGAUAAUCUCAUCAACCUCACAAUGUCUUAUAGAGCUGAUUCAGAUAUUUUCUCACCUUAUGGCUGGCUAGAGCCGAAUCAACGAGAAGAGAACUUCACAAUUCCUCCAAAGACUAAGUUGGUGGCCUGGGUAAUCAGUAACUGGAACCCAAAUGCUAAAAGAGUACGGUAUUAUCAGGAGCUCAAGAAAUUUCUUCCUGUAGACAUAUAUGGAAGGCAGCAUUUAGCUCUCCCAACAAAUGAACAUGAAAAAACAUUGUCCAAGUAUAAGUUUUAUCUCGCCUUUGAAAACACAAUUCAUGAAGAUUAUAUUACAGAGAAACUAUGGAAGAAUGCGUUGAAAUCUGGUUGUGUACCAGUUGUAUUGGGCCCUUCUCGAAAAAACUAUGAGCGUUUUAUUCCGAAAGACUCUUUUCUACAUGUUAAUGACUUCUCCACACCUGAAGAACUUGCUAAAUAUAUCUUAAAAUUGGACAGUGAUGAGAAAGCUUACCAGCAGUAUUUUACAUGGAGGUCCAGACUUCAUCCCUUUGCAGAUACUAACUGGCAGACUCAUUACUGCAGAGUAUGUAAAGCAAUAAAAGAAGCUCCUGCACACAAAACAAUUUCAAAACUUGGAGCAUGGUACAAAUAAUUAUAGGGUGUUUUCUCAGGUGUUUUCCAUAUUAGCUGAAAUUCAGUAGGGAAAUAUGAAUUUUGUAGGGAAUUCUUCCUCACUUUGUGCAUUUUUGUAGUUCAAUGCAUUUUUUCAAAA